AUGCUGAGGCUGUGUGUCACGUUCUUCUGCCUUUUGUAUGGGGUGAAAACAGACCCCAAGGAGACAUGUCCUGCUUUCACCGUGCUCAGCUUCAGCAGCUCCUUGAUAGGGACCGACCUGGAAGUGAAGCUGAUGCUGUACACCAGGCAGAACGAAGACUGCGCUGAAGAGCUCAAUUCAACAGCCUCCAAGUAUCUAGAUCUGACCAAGAAAACCACCUUCAUUAUCCAUGGAUACCGGCCCACAGGCUCUGCCCCGGUCUGGAUCACUGACCUGGUGCAUCUCCUGCUUUCUGUAGAGGACAUGAAUGUCAUCGUUGUGGACUGGAACCGGGGGGCAACUACUAUCAUCUACAGCAAUGCUUCCAGAAAUGGCAAAAAGGUUGCUGAGAUCCUGAAGAAAUUUAUGGAUGAAAUGUUGAUUAACGGCGCGUCCCUUGAGUCCAUUCACAUGAUAGGAGUAAGCCUGGGAGCACACAUCUCCGGCCUUGUGGGACAGAUGUUUGGUGGGCAGCUGGGCAGGAUCACAGGCCUCGACCCAGCGGGCCCCCUGUACAGAGGAAAGCCACCCAGUGAGAGGUUGGACCCUAGUGAUGCACAGUUUGUUGAUGUCAUCCACUCGGACACCGACGGACUGGGCUACGCAGACGCCCUUGGCCACAUUGACUUCUACCCCAAUGGUGGCACCGACCAGCCAGGCUGCCCACUGACAGUAUUUGCUGGAUUGAAGUACUUUAAAUGUGACCACCAGAGGUCUGUUUUCCUGUUCAUGGCAUCCCUGAAAAAGAGCUGCAAUAUCACAACAUACCCAUGUGAGUCAUACAGGAGCUACAGGAGGGGGAAAUGUACCAGCUGCGAAACCUUCCAACCCAUGCCUUGCCCCAUCCUAGGCUAUUACGCUCACGAGUGGAAAAGCCAUUUAACACAGCAGAGCCACCCAGUGACAACCAUGUAUUUUGAUACCGCGGACGAAGAGCCAUUUUGCUUGUACCACUACUUCGUGGACAUCGUUACGUGGAACAAAGGCACCAGGAGAGGCACGCUCAGCGUGGUGUUAGCUGAUGGCACUGGGAAGAAGGCAGAAUCCAAAGUUAACCCCGUAGCUGCAGCCUUCCAGCAGUACAACCACGUCAGUUUGCUCGUUGGAUUCAACCAGGAUUUUGAAAACGUAAAAAGGAUUUCCGUGACGUUUUCCACAGGAUCUGUCAUUGGUCCCAAAUUCAAACUCAGGAUUCUCCAAAUGAGGUUCCGGUCACUCACAAACCCAGAAAGGCCGCCGCUGUGCCGGUACGACGUGGUGCUGACAGAGAACGCGGAGCGCAGCUUCAGACCCAUCCCGUGCGGCGAGCGGCGGCGAGGAGCAGCAGCAGCAGCAGCGGCGGCGGCGGUGACAGCGGGCGGCUGAGAGCUGUCGCGUCCCGCGG